AAAUUAUCGUAAGUCUUGAAUUUUUUAGAGGUUAUAGAUACCAGAUGUUCUGUAGCAAACAACGUUAGAGGUUAGGAUUUAUAACGAAGUGGAUGCCUCUUCCUGUUCCUGUUCCUUCCCAGCAUCAUCAAGUGUUGACAAACCUCAUCGACUACACCCAUCACAAAGACAUCACCAGAGGUCGAGCACUGCACGCUCGCAUCCUCAAAAAUGGUUCCUUUUCCUGCGUUUACAUUGCCAAUACCCUCCUUAACCUCUACGCAAAGUGUGGUCAAUUGUCCAACGCCAACCUCGUAUUCGACAACAUCGCUGACAAGGACGUUGUCUCAUGGAACUGUCUCAUCAAUGCUUUCUCGCAACAACAGUGCCACUCAGCCUCUUCCUUCGUCAUGCGCCUCUUUCGCAGCAUGUGUGCCCACCACACCAUCCCCAAUGCUCACACCUUUGCAGGCGUGUUUGCUGCCUCUUCCAAUCUCAUGGACGUUUUCAGCGGGCGGCAAGCGCAUGCCCUCGCCAUCAAAACGGCGUGCUCUGAUGACGUUUUUGUUGGGAGUUCCCUCCUUAAUAUGUAUUGUAAAACGGGUUUCGUUUUGGAAGCUCGCAAGGUGUUUGACAAAAUGCCCGAGAGAAAUGCGGUUUCUUGGUCUGCCAUGAUUUCUGGGUAUGCUUCUCAGGAGCUGGCUAAUGAGGCUCUGGAGCUUUUUGGACUCAUGCGUCGUGAAGAAGAGGGUGAGAAUGAGUUCGUAUUCACUAGUGUUCUUAGUGCCUUUACAAGUCAUGAGUUUGCGUACACUGGUAAGCAGAUUCAUUCUCUUGCCAUAAAAAAUGGGUUGCUUUCCAUUAUCUCUGUUGGCAAUGCUCUUGUGACAAUGUAUGUGAAAUGUGGGAGCUUGGAUGAUGCGCUUCGAACUUUUGACUUGUCUUGGAAUAAGAAUUCUAUCACAUGGUCGGCCAUGGUUACUGGUUAUGCUCAAAGUGGGGAUUCUGAUAAAGCAUUGAAGUUGUUCUACAACAUGCAUCACUCUGAAGUAUUACCUAGUGAAUUUACUCUUGUUGGAGUGAUCAAUGCUUGCAGUGACCUUUGUGCUAUUGUGGAAGGGAAACAAAUGCAUGGUUAUUCAUUGAAAUUGGGGUAUGAAUUGCAGUUGUACAUUUUGUCAGCUUUGGUGGACAUGUAUGCAAAAUGUGGUAACAUAGCGGAUGCUCGUAAGGGUUUCGAGUAUAUACAACAACCUGAUGUUGUUCUUUGGACUUCUAUCAUAACAGGGUAUGUACAAAAUGGGGAUUAUGAAGGGGCUCUAAAUCUGUAUGGCAAAAUGCAGAUGGUGGGGAUUAUCCCCAAUCAGCUAACUAUGGCGAGUGUCCUAAAAGCUUGUUCCAGCCUAGCUGCUUUAGACCAGGGAAAGCAAAUGCAUGCUCGGAUUAUUAAGUAUGGUUUCAACUUAGAAGUUCCAAUUGGAAGUGCUCUUUCUGCCAUGUAUGCAAAAUGUGGAAGUUUGGAUGAAGGGCACCUUAUCUUUUGGAGGAUGCCUACCAGAGAUGUAAUUUCGUGGAAUGCAAUGAUAUCUGGACUUUCUCAAAAUGGUCGCGGUAAUGAAGCCUUGAAGCUGUUUGAGGAGAUGUGCUUGGAGGGAACAAACCCUGAUCAUGUCACGUUUGUGAAUCUUCUCUCUGCUUGUAGUCAUAUGGGACUGGUGGACAGAGGCUGGGUUUAUUUCAAUAUGAUGCUUGACGAGUUUGACAUUGCUCCAACAGUAGAGCAUUAUGCUUGCAUGGUUGAUAUUUUGAGCCGUGCUGGUAAACUCAUCGAAGCAAAAGAGUUCAUUGAAUCAGCAACGAUUGAUCAUGGCUUGUGUUUAUGGCGCAUAUUAUUAGGGGCUUGUAAGAAUUAUCGUAACUAUGACCUUGGUGCUUAUGCUGGAGAGAAACUAAUGGAGUUAGGGUCACCGGAAUCAUCUGCAUAUGUAUUGUUAUCAAGUAUAUAUACAGCCUUAGGAAAGUGGGAAGAUGUGGAGCGUGUAAGGAGGAUGAUGAAAGCCCGAGGGGUCACUAAAGAACCUGGUUGUAGCUGGAUAGACUUAAAGAGUUUGGUUCAUGUAUUCGUUGUUGGAGACAAUAUGCAUCCUCAAAUUGAGGAAAUACGGUCGGAGUUAAUGUUUUUAACCAAAUUGAUGAAAGAUGAAGGAUAUCAACCUCUUUCGGAUUCAUUGCCUGAAACUAUCAGAGAUGAUUUGAGUGAUCAAGAAGGCAGCCACGAGAUACAACUUAUGAUUUGUGGUGGCUUGUAGCAUGAUUUUGGAGAUGAUCUACUCAUGCAAAAAUGCAAAAUUGAAAUCAUUUGGAAUGGCCAUGACAUUCAAAAAUCUGGAAUAUUCCAUCAGUAUAGGCAUCAGCUUAAUUGGCUCUCCUUCAACGAUGCCAUCACGGAUAGGUUUACAGUUGUGGAC